CUUGAGCCCUGUACUUUGUAGCUAUUACACAAUAGGGAGAAGACUACAAUUCCCAUAGUACUUCCACAUACUGGUACUACAGUGACAUCACACAUGACAGGGCUGAGAAUGGUUGUAUAGCAAGAGGAACGCAAAUGGUACACCUGUGCUUAAGAUUCUGAAUUUCUGUUUAUUUGGCAAUGCAACAAACGUGGGAAAAGAGAAUUUGUAUUCUGACAGCGAGGACAUGGUCAAACAAAGUGCCACUCUCAGUCAUUACGAGCCACGGGUAAACGGCAAGAAACAAAAAAUGGACACUCAGUUAUUCUCCCCAUUGUUAGGAGGGAUCACAAGUACACCACCACCUCUGGAAUCAUCCCGGUUAUAUACUAAUUGGUCUGUGUGUGGAGAUGAUACCAACACAGCAACUUCUUUACAAGACUGCACAAAAAAAAGGGCACAGAUAAAUCUGUCUUAUUCUGGCAAUGGCCCAGAUAUGUUUGGGUUAGUGUCGAGCAUCCUAGAGGAGCCAAACAAGCCAGAGCCAGUUACAGAUUGGAAUUCUCUGUCGAGAUUGUUUCCCCCUAUGUGGGCAUCUGACAUUGGAAACAAUGGUGACUUCUCAGGUCUGUCUUCUAAGCACCCUUUACAAAGUAAAGAUUUUCCAAACCUGAUUGGUACACAGAGCUGUUACCAAGGACACUUGCAAAAGUCACCUGAUGUGGAGACUUUACACAGAGGAUUUGAAGACCUUCAUCUUAUAGAGUCUUGGCUUUCUCCUUCUGACCCUUAUACUCAGCCAUCUGAUGAUAUCUUGAACAUUUAUCCUGAAAAUUCUGCUUUUGAAAAUAAUGCCAUAAUUCAGCAAGAAGGAUUAGCAUUUCAGAAUGUACAAUUUAAGCAGCAUGUGUGCAAUUAUGAUAAGAUGAAAUUAAAUGGAGACUGUGAAAAGAACUGCUCUGAUAUUAGUAAUUUUUCUUCUCAAUGCAGAAUUAAAGAUGGCACUGGUAUUCAGAAAGAGUAUUGGGAAACUGACAGAGCAAGAGGCAAGCUUAUGAAAAAUGACAAACAAGAACAAGCAAAGUGUUCCAAUGAUCUAUCUAGUCCACCUGCUAAUGGCACGUGGAGCAAAGUGUUCCAGGACAACCAUAUGUUUUCUAAAAGAUAUGAAGAUUUUACAGCUUCUCAUAAAUCACAGCCAUCUAUUCACCCAUCACUAUAUUUUUUCAAUCAACCAUUUACUAAAGAAAAUAGUUUUCCUGGAGGAACAAAUGGAAACCCACAGGAAACUCACAUGCAAAAUGGCCAUAAGAGCUUCAGUUUGGGGGAACCCUGUAAUAACACUGAAUGUAAGAGCCAUGUUAAUGCUAAAGAAUGUUCUCCUAAACCUUCUGAAUAUCAUUUAUCUGUAAAAACUGCUUUACAAAAUGGAAAUUUUCGUUCACCUUACCGUGGACAUACGUGGCUGGAUGGUAAGAUCUUAAGUCCCACAUCUACAUCAGAUAUUGCAUAUAGGAAGCAAAACCAAGUAGUAACAAGCCCACAGUCCUCUUCAGGGGUUUCAACUAUGUCCAGUGGAUCUCCCACACAUCAGUCUGUAACCCAUCCCUCUUAUUACUCGCAGUUGUCACCAGUACCCUAUUCAAGGAAAGAUGGAAGGUUACAAAUCUCAAAUAGUGUUUCUAGUAACUUAGGGGUUUCAAAUUUCUUUGUAGAAAAUCAGAAACAAAUUAAACCUAUUGGACAUUCCCAGCAUGAUUCAUUGACUAAUAAAGGUCAGUAUCGUAAAAUACCCAUUAAUUUGUCACACAACUGGUUAACACAGCAGAAUUCUGCAAGUGAUGAGUCUGAAAAGUAUCAUAGGUUUCGCAAAAAGCAAAACCAAGAUAACUGUAAUAAAGAUGAAAGAAGAGGUCGAAGGAAUUGGAUACCCCAUCCUGGGUAUGCCGGACAAAAUCAGCAACAGUUCAGCAUGUUCCGAAAGAAGCAAGAACAGAAUGGUGGCAACAUGUCAGAUUUCAUCAAUCCUUCUUUUCUUCCUUCUUUCCCAUUAAUGUCUGAUUUUAAGCAAAAUCCCAAUUUUGCUCCAUUUAAUCCCCAUCCAUUUCCGUCAGCAAAUAAUUUUGCUUUUCCUCCAUCACCAUUUCCAUUCUCAGAACUUGUUGAUCUUUUUCACUAUGACGAUUUUAACCAUUUGAAUCCCUUCAUUAAUGACCUAUUUUGUGGGGAAUUAAGUGCGCCAUACUUUGCCUUUCCAACUCCUUUUAACAAGUAUAGGCCUCCAAGAAAUCGCAGUGGACCUGCCAAUGAGCUUCAUAUUCGAUUGGAGGAGUGUUACGAACAGUGGAGAGCUCUGGAGAAGGAGAGGAAAAAGACUGAAGCUGAUCUUGCAAGAAACUUUCCAGGAAAGCGGGUAUCUAGCUCAAAUAACACUCCUGUUUCCCGACUUCCUGCUAACCCUUCACGAGUGGAUCGUUUGAUUGUGGACCAGUUACGAGAACAGGCUAGAGUGCUCACCUUAAUAGGAAAAAUGGAAAGGCUUCGCGGUACUCCUGUCCAUAAGAAUAUAUCCAAAACUCUGGAAGAUCAUUUAGAAGCCAUUCAUGUUACACAAGCGAGACGGAAAGAUGAGAUUGUUAAUGCUGCCAAUCCACAGAGACAAGGAGCACCUCGUUAUAAUAAUGAAAAAGAUGUUCUUGCUCUGGCAGCUGCCAUUAAAGAGUUAGUUGUUUCCACACGCAAGGCUCGUACUGCUUUAUGGUGUGCACUGCAGAUGACUCUACCAAAAACCUCCUUAAGCACUCCAGUGAAACAGGAGGAGGUCGAAAGGGCAUUGCAAGAGCUUUGUCCAGGAAACACAAGCACAGAAGAAAAAAAUAGUGCAGAUCCUGAAGACAAGGGAAGCAAAAAAGAAAAACAUGAGGAACCCAUACAGAUUUCUGAAUAACUGUGCAGGAAGCAAAAAAAAAAAAAAAAAAAAGGAAGAAAGUGAAUUGCAUUGUGCUGUGGAGAACUUUUUUGCUAGGUUAUCAGAAAAAAUAAGGAUAACUCAACUGAUCAGUGCUGCAAUUUUAUUACUGUGAUUCUGGUGUUGACAAAUAUUUCUUGUAACAGUGUUAUUGCAGUUUUAAUAUUGCUGGUAUUGCAGUGUCUUCUAUGUAAGAUAAAGAUUUUAUUAAUAAGGGGAACUGGGCAAUAGCUGACCAUUUUCUUGACCACUUAGCCAAAGCUAUGUAUCAGCUGUGACUCAAGCCAUGAUCUGAGAAACCAGUGAGUGGCUAAGCUAAUUUUGAUUCUUUUCUUCAUUUGUUCGUUAUAAAAUUUAGCAUACUUUAGAAAUGUCAUUUUUAAAGCGUAUCUCAUAAUUAUUGGUUUUUUUGCACAAUUAUGUAUUCUUUUAAGUGCCAGAAUGAUUGCUAAAUAAUAUAAUUGUUUGUACUGUCACUCAACACUGAAUAGUCCACACUUCUGCUUUGCUAUUGUGACAGGGUGUCAAAACUUUCAGGUAAUUGCCAAGAGUCUGAUUGGAAUAAUCAGAGUUUAAUGUUAGUUACAUGACAUGCUUGUUCUGCCAAUUAAAAGUUACCAGCUGGACUAAUCUAAACCAAAAGUUCCCAUAGUAUAAUCUUUGUGACAAAAUUUUUACAUAAUAAAUAAAUGAAGAACUAAUUUAAGGAAUGUUUAGAGUUGCAGUACAUUGCAUUAAAAUACAUAUUGGCAAUUAACAUAAAAUUGUCACUCAGACUUAGAAAUUAAAUUUACUGAUGCCUCAUGAUUAAAAACAGCAAGUAUGCACUUAAUGAAAAAUUACAUGGUUAUUAAUAUGUUUAUGGUACUCUAAUUUUCAGAAACAUUCCAUAUUUAUUUUAAUGUUUUGAUUAAAUGUUUAUUUAAAAUUCUAUUUUAAUAAUAUACAGUUGGGUCUUUUGCCAAACCUUCCUAAUAAUCAGAUUUAAUGAUUUACUCAGGAACUAUGUAUAUUAUAUAUAAAUAUACACACAGUACAGUAUAUAGGGGUUUUUUGAGGGGUAGGGAUGUUUGCAAGAUAUUUACACAAAGCUCACUAUACUAGGUUACCAAAGCUGUUUAACUGAUUUGUUUUAGCAUGAGAAGAUUUCAUAUGUUUAGUUGCUAUUACUAGUCUUCAUCCUGUGGCUUAGACAAUCAGAAGUGUUACGUAUCAAUGUGAAUGUACAGAGUGAGAAUUAGAAAAGGAUGAAUAAUUCAUAUUUUCAUCUUAUCACACUACUUAUGAGUAAUUUUAAUGCUUUAUCAAUCGUGUCUUAAUGUUAGAUUGUCUUUCAAAAUGUACUAAUUACCAAGUAUGUUCUUAGGUGUUAGUAUAUUGAUGAAUAGCUUUGGAGAGCAGUUCUUGUUUUAAAAAAGAAUUAUGUUGAGGACAGGAGAAAAAGUUCAAAGACUUAAAAUGAAGAUUUAUCUGUGUUUCAUUAUGUUAUGAUGUUGAAUUCGACACUUUCUUGAUAAAUAUAUAAUUCUGUUUGCAUAUACAUGUACUUGCUAAAUAUUCCAAACAAUCUGUAAUUUUGGACCUGUGAAUGUUUCUAGAACAUCUGUAGUCUUAUAGUUCUAUUAGUACCAAUAUAGUACCAGUGGUAGUACCAUUGUUAAUGGUAACGAGGUGAUGAGUGCAUCAUUUUGUAGAAUAGGAAGUCACUAAAGCCUCAUUUUGAUCCACUGAUUAAACAAAGGAAUCAUUAGAAGGCAGAAUCUUAUUAAGAGUAUGCUCCACUUUUUCUAAAGAAAAUUUAAUCCGUUUCAAUGGAUAUUUUUAAGCCUUAGUCUAAAACUAAAAAUUGGUAGUGAAGAGAAUUAUUUUAGUGCUGUGUGAGUGUAUUUUGUGUGUGUGUGUGCGCAAUCUGUUUGCACUAAUAUCUGAAGGUCAGAUGUGUUUUUGUGAAACUAUAGUUAGUGGUUUGAAAAAUUUUCAGAGUUUACAGUAUUUGAGUUGUGGAUGGAACUUAAAUUUUUGAGUUAUGAUUACUAUGUUAACAGGAAAUAGAAUUUGAAAGUCUUGAUUUGCAUUUCUGUUUACAGAAUAAUUGUAGUCUUGCAGGAUUGUUUUGUAGUAUUGAAUGUAUUCGGCAUAUUAGGUCCUUAUUGUAUUGUUUGUAUGUAAGUUACUGUGAAGGAAUGUGAUCUUAAUCAGUUCAUAAUAUAGUUAAUGUGCCUUUAAAAGUCUUAUUUUUCAAAAACGGUAAGUAACUGUGUAUGCUCACUUCAGCUUUCUGUUGCAAUUUAAUAAUACAUUUAAAGGGGUUAAAUGUAGCUACAUUUGACUAUAGCUAACAUAGCAUAUGGUAUUAGUGUUUUUCUUGAAUAAUUUUUGAUUGUCCAGUUAUGGACUCUUUUAACAUGUGUAAGACACCAUAGCUGUUGAGAGUUGCCACAAGUCAAAUGUAUUAAUAACAGAGUUUAGUUGUGUUGCCCACAAAUGCAACAUGGGGCACAUUUAAUUCUUUUUGACUUGAUCUGCCUGUAUUCUUCUUAAAAUGCGAACUAUCUGAUGGACAUCUUAGUAUGAAAAUUUUUCUGCCCAUUUCUUGAAAUACUUCAACAAUUAACAUCAUUGACAUAUAAAAACAAAAAUCCUUUCAAAUGUGUCUUUAAAUUUAAAUGCAUUUGAAAUUAAGGCUACACAGAAAUUGUUAAUGAUCCUGCUUCCAUUCAAGUCAAUAGUUUUGCCAGAUACUGACUUCAGUUGGGUUUACUGUUCUAAAGUCUUAUACUGUUUAACUUUUUGUAUAUACAAGCGUUGCAGUUCAUGUUGAACAUUAGGUACCAAGAAACUCCAGAAACAUAUGUUUUCCCUAACUUAUUGUAAGGUUUUUGAACAUAGUAACAUCUUGGAGUUAGGAGGAAUAGUCUGCUUUCAUUUAAAGCUGAGGAAUGUACCUUCUGCAAGAUGCUUUGGCUGAGUUAAAUCAAUAGGCUUUUGAGAAAUUUGCACCUUGUUUUAUCCUGAUUUGCCUGGAUAGAAAUACAGCCUUAACCGUGUUAAGAUCUUGAUUUGUUUCUUGUGCAGUUUUAUCUGUCUCAAUCACCAGCACUUUUCUGUUUUGUGGAAACUUAUAAAUAAUUACAAAAGGAAAAACUGUAUAUCUAUGAAGUUACUUUUUUAUUAUAAAUUGUUUUACAAUUUGCUUUUAAAAAGCACUUUCUUUUUCUUUAGUUUUUUACUUUUUAAUAGUGCAACCAAAUCUGUCAAUUUUAUAGCGUGGUGAGUCAUUUUUCUUUAUUAGCAAUACUACAGUUAAAGGUGCAAAAAAACAAGGUGCAUUAUAAUGUACUUAUUUAGCCUUUGUUGUUAGAAGUUGAAAAUGUAUGGAAUAAAGUAGUUUUGAGCAACUUUUUUAGAAUUGGGGAACUGAAACUAUAAUUCCCCUGCUUCUUAUUUGCCAGAUAAGCUUUAAAAAGGAAAUUGUUUGCAUAUAAUAUAUGAAUGCUAACUAAUGAGAGCGAGGAUAGACCAGUGUCAACUUAAAAAAAUCAAUUCCAGAUAAAGGUUGCUUUCCUUUUUUUACUGUACAAAAUAAAACUGCUCUAAAACUUGUUUAUGCACAGUAAUAAUUUAAUGAACAUAGUUUUUUCCACAAAAUUAGGCUAUUUCCAAUAUAUAUGGGAAAAAUAAGUUUACUUUUAUUUUUAUGACAGAUAUAUAAAGAUUAAUAGUGUCUAUAUUUUAAUAUACUGUUUGGUGUCUGAAGUAUAUCUUUUACAUGUAUGUUGGUCAAUCUCAUUUAAUUAAAAACUAAUUUUACACUGUUAAUGAAAUAUUACUGAAGAAGGCUAUUGUGAGUUAAUCCAUUUAGUAGACCCAACAGAAAUGAGUGAAAGUAUACAUUUAACUAAAAGAAGCAAGAUGUCAAUUGUUAAUACUUUAGUCAAUUUAGGCUUAUUUCAGUGAUUCUGUAAAAUAACUGGAUAUUUAAUGAACGUUGCAAAAAUAUCACUUCUACCUCUUGUGUAACACUUAACUUUAAAAAAGGUUUUUUUAUACUACACAGAUUUCUGUUGGGACAUACUUUGCUAUUUUAGAAAGUUGAUGCACCUUAACUAGUGAAUUUGGUGUGCAUUUUUUGUUUUCUGUUAGACAAUUCCCUUAUGUGGAACACCAGGAAGCCUUGCGGCUAGAUUGUGUUCACUUGUGUAAAGUAACCUACCAUGCUGUGUACACUUACAUACAGUUUAUAUUAAGAAAAAGGUACAGUAGAAAGAGAUGCUAAGGUUUGUAUUUCAUGUAUGAAAGUCACAGAUUUAUGAGAAUCCUGUAAGAAAUCAUGGCCAGUGUAAUUUUCUAGCAUUUUUUAUGUAUGUGAUUGUUUCCUUAUUUAAAUAAUCAGUUGUGUUGUAUGUACGUGGCUAAUAAAUUGUUACAGCUAUUGUUUUAUUCAGUUCAACUCAUGUUACUUAUCAGCUGCUCUUCUAUAUGUGAGGUGUUUCUUGUUUGUUUGGGGGUUUUUUGUAAUUCACUGAAAAGAUCUGUUGUAUGUUCUGGCUAACACUUACAGUUAUACAAAUAAUUAAAGUAUUUCAUAUUUUAA